AUGGAGGACCCGCAUCCUGAAGAGACCAUGGAGCAGCAGGAUUCGUCCAAGGAGAGGAGUCCCCGCAGUCCAGGAGGCGACGUGUGCCACCUGGGGGCCCCGCAGUGCACCCGCUGCCUCAUCACCUUCGCCGAUUCCAAGUUCCAGGAGCGUCACAUGAAGCGGGAGCACCCAGCGGACUUCGUGGCCCAGAAGCUGCAGGGGGCUCUCUUCAUCUGCUUCACCUGUGCCCGCUCCUUCCCCUCCUCCAAGGCCCUGAUCGCCCAUCAGCGUGGCCACGGUCCAGCCACCAGGCCCUCCGUGCCAGUUGCACCCGCCGCUGCCCCGCCUACCUUCCCCUGUCCUGACUGUGGCAAGACCUUUGGGCAGGCUGCUUCUCUGAGGCGGCACCGCCAGGCGCAUGAGACCCGCACCCCUCCUGGCCCCUUCGCCUGCACUGAGUGUGGUCAGGACUUUGCCCAGGAGGCUGGGCUGCAUCAACACUACAUCCGGCAUGCCCGGGGGGAGCUCUGA